AAUUCAGUUAACUCUCAGACGCUCAUGGUGUACGUUGGUUCGCGCAUAACCAUUUCUUUUUCGACCACUAGUGUUGGUGUUUUGUCUUACCAAAAACCAAAACAGAAAAAAGAAUAACAAAAAAACGGAGUAAAAUUUUAAAAGAAAUAUGCGUAUAAAAGGUGAUUGGGAAAAACAUAUUGAGAAGGAGUGGAAGAAAUAGUGUGGUGAACAAGAUCGCAACAAACAGCAAAACAAAACAACCACGACGGUCAAUGCAAAAAAUUCAAACUGAAAACAUAACGAGCAAAAAUUGAAGUAGUUAAAGUAAAGAAAAAAAUCCAAUAGGUACACACCAUACCAUCAUUCCAGCCAUAAUACCAUAAACAGAGAAAGAAGUAUCUAUAAGACACCGAUACCGAACAACAAACAAACAUCAAACCGAGAAUCGUUUGCCAAAAAAAAACCGAGAAGAACAAAUUAAUAUUUAAUGAAAACAACAAAAAAAGUUUUAAAAAACCAUCUGACGGGAUUGUUGAAAGUCGUUCAAGCAUUAAUUACGACGUCUUUGCCUUGUGUAGUCAUCGCAGGGUGCAGAUUCAAUCCAAACAGUUGCCUUUACAACAAAAACAAAUACCAUUGAUGAUCUUGAAGAUUGUUGUUUGCCGUUUUUGUUGAUCGGGCGUAGCAUAAAAAGUGUGUGUGUGUGUGUAUGUGUUCGCUUAUGUCGGAGGAGGACUGUUUUUUGUUUAUAAUUACAACAAAUUCCAAAUGAAUUAAAAGUGCGUUCGAAAUACAUUUGAGUUGAGUCAAUACUGCCUUGUCAAUUAAUAGCUGUGUGUCAGUGCGCGAAUUCAAUCGAUUCAAUACAAUUCAGACAAACGAAUGUUCAAGGAAGUGAUAAAGAAGAGUGCGGGCGUUAAAAUUGUUUAUUGUCCUUAGUUCCCAAGAUACGUGAUGUAUGUUUGUAUGCCAAAUAGUUCGUGGCGAAAAUGCGAAUAAGUUGAUCUUGUUUUUAUGCGUCAUAAUUUGAUCGCAUUUAAUGUUGUAUAAAAAAUGAAUUAAUUGAGCAUUUUCUCGACAAAGAAACCUUGAAAAAGCUUUAUUACGCCUCCGUUCAUCUCUUCAGCCACUGCGGACAGAAAAUCCACUUGGAGUCAGGACUAAAACAAAAUUCACGAAAACCACCACUACAACCAACCACAUAUCGUAUCGAACCAAGCUAGUUUAGCACGAUUUGUACGAGGAGAGCAAGGAGCACUGCAGAAGCCACAGACAUUCCAAGUUACUUGUUACACAAGAAGAAGUCAAAAGAAGGAAUUCUUGGUGAAUGUUUUGUUGUUGUUGUAGUUAGCCGUUUUCCAUUAAAUUCCACUGAGACUACCAAACAUCUCGUCUGCCAGCCAUCCAACCAACCAUUCAGCUAUUAAGCCUGUGUGCACUCCAAAAAUAACAUUGCGCAUUUCAUGCAACACUUUGUUGCAGUUAAGGGACACAGGGUUCUACAUUGAAACCUGAUUCGGGUUCGAGCUGUGGUGAGACGCUUUUUGCCCAAAAAACCAAAAAAUAAAAUUGUGCAUGCAACCAACCGACAUAAUGAUUUCCAGAGAAGUAUUUUAAGUAGGGUUUUUUUCGCCCCCGAAAAUAAACCCUAAAGCUCUUCCAGAGAACACAACAACACAAAAAACCAAAACGGCAACGUGCAUUUUGUGCCACCAUAAAUGGUAACACAACGACUGACAAUGUCUGCCGUCACCAACACACAUAAAAUUAAUGGAAAUUUGAUUGUGAGUGCAAACGCAAAUGCUGCAGUAGCAACAACAACGACCACGGCAUCAUCAUCGUCAUCCAGCAAAACGUUUUUGCAUACUAACCCCCACCCAUCGAGUCAUCAGCACCACCAACACCAACACCACGCCACCAAUCAACUGCAACCUUCUCCCAAUAGCCUCCAGCAACAGCAUCAGUCGCAGCACAGCACAAAUUUGAAGUCAUCAUCAUCGGCCAUCGGUUUAAGCAAAUUGCAGGCACCGCAACAACAUCAAAGGCGUUCCUUUAUUCCCUCAGCAACGUUGCAGCAGCAGCAGCAGCAACAACAACAACAUAUAACGGUUGCAACGUCUGGUACGGUCACCCAACCACCCCAAGCGAAUCAAUUACAAACAGUAGCGACAAUACAUCAGCCAUCCACACCAGGCCAACAACUGCAUACCGUCCAAUCGGCGUCAUCGUCGUUAGGGGCCGUGGGUACCACACAAACCCAAACGACUUCAACGACGGCGGCGGGCACAACAACAGCUCUGAGUGGCGCCAACACCGACCAAUUGACGAAUCCUUCGAACAGAAGAAAUUUUUAUCAUUUGCAAUCUCUGAAAUCGGCAACAAAUCUAAAGGCUCCAGCCCACUCCAUACCGCCGCGCUAUCAACCACCGCCACAGCCAUCCAAUACCAACAACAGUAACUGCCAGCAGCAACAACCACAACACACGACUGGCAUUCUGAAGAAUUUGCAUUCGCAACGAUUAACAAACGGCACCAAGAGCAGCACGGGCAGCUCCAACGGUUAUACAUCAUACUUUCCGGAGACUCAGAGCAACGGUCAUUUGGGCAACCUAAAAUAUCCCCCGGAUAUACCACAACUCUCCAGCGUCUUCAUACCCGACUCCUUGAAGAACGCCUCCGCCAGCAACUCGCGUUACUUGCAACAGAAACACCAACAACAAACUAAUCAAUCACAACUGCAACAGCGAUUGCGGAGUGUUAAUCAAACAACGACGAACGGCACCACAACCAACAAUAGCAACAACAACCAUACCAACAACCUGCUAAACGGCCAUCAAUCGGCAUUGACGGAGCAACAGCAGCUACAACAGCAACAACAGGAUAUGUUAAAAUUUGUACGCAAAUCCGAUCAAGAUCAUCCUUCACCAAAUGCCUCGGUCACGUCCAGUGGUACAGGUGGCAUACCGUCGACGGCUGGCCGCCUGACUGCCGAGCAGAAUCGCCAGCUACAGUCGCUGAUCAAUGAAUUGCGCGCCCUAAAAGAGCAAAAUCAACGGCUCAUGGAUGACAAUCAGGAACUCCGAGAUUUGUGUUGUUUUCUGGACGAUGACCGGCAGAAGGGUCGAAAACUGGCUCGCGAAUGGCAGCGUUUUGGUCGUUAUACAGCGAGUGUAAUGCGACAAGAGGUGGCAGCAUAUCAGAAUAAACUACGUCAGCUGGAUGAUAAACAACAAGAACUCAUCACCGAUAAUUUGGAACUGAAAGAACUCUGCCUUUAUUUGGACGAAGAGAGGGCUCACAUUGCGGCCAAUUCGUUGUGUGUGAACUGUGGUGCCUCUACUCGCAACACGUUGAGAGACGACGGCGACGGUUCAAGUUCAAGUACAAAUGCCGAUGAAAACAUAACUGCUUUGAGAAACUACGAGAGGCAAUUACCGGAUCUGCAUUUACGUUCAACACUGCAAGACCAAACACUCCAGUACGUGCGAUCUUUGGAACGACGCAUACAGCAAUUGGAGGAGGAACGUUUGACCAACACUACGAACGCGGCAACAACAGCCAACAUGGCAAGCCAACAACAACAGCAACAACAUCGACCAUCACAACAGCAUACGACGCAGCAGCAACAACAGCAUCAGCAGCAACUGCAUCAGCCAACAAAUGUCACAACAACAGCAGUAACAAAUCACCAAAACCAAAAAAUAACAACACAAACAUCGACAUCGUCGUCGCCAUCUGCAUUAAAUGAUGGCUUAGUUGAUCCCAUAUCUGGUCGGCCAGAAGCUGUUGUACGAGCUCUACAAGUUUUAGAAGUCAGAGAACAACUAGAACGCGAUAGAUUGGGCCAUCUAACCGGCAAUGCCAUCGAUCAAAUGGAUGACGGUGAAAAGGCUUUGGUACGCGAGAUGUGUAAUGUUGUUUGGCGCAAACUGGAAGCCAGUCCAAAUGGUCCGACGACACUGGAGCCACUAUAGAAGCUUGUAACUUCAAUCAAACACACAUCGAUGGACACACGCCGUUGCAUUUCCACCACCACACCUCUUCUGUUGUAAAUUUAAGCAAACUUUUUCCAACUAAACCCAAGCCACCAGACUUUCCCAAAACAAAAACAAAUCAAAAUCUCGCCAAUACUUAUUUUGGCUGAACGACGACGAACAUCUUUGUUUAGAAAGUUCUGCAACUGAAUAGUUGGACAUUGGCUUCAUCUUUGUAAAAUAUCAGAAUAUGAGAAGAUUUUCAUUGUAGCCCCUUAAAACUUUACUUCUGAACCCCACCCAAAGGCCCGCUAGCAAGGCUCAUUAUUGGUCUUUUAUUUAAGCUUUAAUAUUUUUGCGAUAUUUUUUAAGUUGUCCAUAAAAAUUACGAUAAUAUCGUAAGUUAUCCCAUUAAGGCAAAACCACUGAGCAAAUAAUCGGUUAUAUAUUCUUGUCAAUAUAUAAUUGUGAUUAUCGAUGUGCACUACAUUGCUUAUUGCAGUGUAGGGUACACUGUAUAUUUUUAAUAGAUUUUCUUUAGAAUUUCCCCCAUUGGAAUUCUUUUGAAAUUCGCAUUUUUUCUAUUCCUUUUUUUAUUACUUCGCUGUAAUUUUUUCAUUAUUAAUUUAUUAUUAACUGAAUCUAGCUAUAGAUAUGUAAGUUUAACUACAUAAAUAACCCACUUCCAAAAAAUCGAAAUAAAAUAUAAACAAACAUACAUACAUACCUACAAACACAUAUGUAAUUAAAAUAUAAA